AUUCGCUAUAACUUUUUUUAUAAGUGACUGGCAAAUACUCGGCAUAGUUAAGGAUGACUGACGUUAUCUUUAACAGAAUUGCCAUUCUUUAGUCCAUUUUACAACUUUUCUCUAUAAUGAAAAAGUACUUUUUAAUCUUCAGGAGACAUUCACAUCUGCACUGAAUGACAUUUGUCUCAACUGAAGCCAAAGAAGGUGACUGCUGAGAUGUAAUUCUUCUUGUGUUCCGACAACUUGCGGCGUGACGAGCAAAACCGAUACGCUCGACUGAAAUAAAGAAUGGCGAAUGCAACUGAGGAUGAAAACCCCACAUUUACAAACCAAGAAUUUUCGGGCGUUUCAGGGCUUACAUUAGCUCAUAAGAUAAUUGUGUUGAUGCUUGGUAUUCCUCUGUCCAUCAGUGCAGUUGUAGGAAAUGUUCUGAUCAUCGUUGCCCUUUACAAAGUAUCCUCUCUUCAUCCACCGUCGAAACUUUUGCUCGGCUGCUUGGCGUGCACCGAUUUGGGGGUGGGCCUUAUUUCGCAUCCUCUUCUCAAUGGUCUUUUUCUUUCUCCAGAGCGCUGGUUUGGUUGUGACGCCUUUUGGAUCCUUUUCAAUACCACCGGUUUUGUGUUUGCUGGUAUAUCUUUGUUAACAAUGACCGCAAUAAGCGUAGACAGACUUCUUGCUCUGUUGCUGGGGCUAAGAUACAGACAGAUGGUAACUGCGUGGAGAGUGAAAGUCCUUAUUAUUGCCCUUUGGCUUUUCAGCACUUUAGUUGCAAUGGUAGCGUUUUACAGUCAUCGUCUCGCUUUAAGCAUCGCUUGUGCAGCACUUGUGUUGUGCAUUGUAAUCUCUACUUUCUGCUACAACAAAAUUUAUCGCACACUCCGUCUUUCUCAAACACUCGUUCAAGGCCAAGUUUAUCCUGAACAACCGAAUGGGGAAGGAAUUCUGCUAAACAGAGCACGAUACAAAAAGACAGUGUCCACAGCAUUGUGGGUACAAAUGGCGUUACUGGCUUGUUAUCUCCCUUUUGGUUUCAUCUCUGUUUAUAUGACAGCUGGAUUGCACACACCGUCAAUUCUUUUCGCCUGGGCUCUGACGAUAUCUCUGAUGUACUUUAACUCGACUCUAAACCCAUUCCUGUACUGCUGGAAGAUGAGGGAGCUAAGAAAAGAAGUAAAAAACACGGUAAAACAGUUCUUCUGCCUGUCAGGUUAACUGUGUGAUGCUGCUCGAAGCAAUUGAGAAUCAUUUCUCCGUGUGGAUGAGAUGUCAGCCAUACCUCGAGUGCUCUUCCGCUACCCUUACAGUUUAAUGUUACUCGUGUAUUUGUGAGGUAUUCCUAAGUGAAGAAGAUCACUGACAGCGUGAAUAAAAUUAUCACUCUAAAGAACCUCAAGAGGCGGUCAAUGUAAUGCGAAAGAUUCGCGAGGAUCCAAAUUUAUACCAGCUUUAUAAAGCAUACUUCUUUAACCAAUCGAGCCCUGUGUGACUAGCAUCUAAUUUCUCCUUUCAGUAGUACUGCUGAAUCAUUCAUUUAAGAUCAUGAGAAUAAGGGAAGUGAUCGCCAACCUAAGAACUUUGAUCGUUAAACAAUUUCUCCUUGUCAGCACCAAACGAAAAACAGAAAAGAGUAUGGAGAAUAUGGAUACUGAUGUUAGGGUGUAAAGGGUUAACUAAAUAACGAGGCAACAUUUGCAGUGGUAAGGAGAACUGCGAAUCCUUUCGCGACAGUUAGAAGACUGGUUAACUUUUAGCACCAGAACACUUUAACUUUUUAAACUGGACAAUCACAACUUUUCACAGCGCAUUUAUUGCUAAAAAAUUGCAAAACAAAACACUUGACAUCGUGGUAUGAAAAUAGUCUCUUGAAAAGGCAUUCAGGGGAAAGAAAAUAGAAUUUGCUCAAAAAUAACUUUGUUAUUUGGCGUCUUAGACUUCAUACUGAAAUAGGAUUUAUAACUCUGAUAUUAAAGAAUCAUUUCGUCUA